CUCAACCUAAAUAUAUAUAGUGUCUAAGCAGAGAGGAAAAAAAUGCUGAGGAUAAAUUUGUUUCAUGUACCAGGGUUGCUGUUGUUAAUGCAGACAGCCAAUACUCAAUGCGUAAAUCUGACGUCGCAAAUCUCCAAAACAGUGUUAUCCACACCGACUGAACCUUCUACUCCAAGAAAUGGGACUGAAUACGCGGAAAAAACUUUUAUGUACGCACCGUUAGGUUCUUCAACAAGACUGACUCUUUUUGUUUUGUUGGUGUCUGUGGGAGUAAUAGGAUUUGUGGGAAAUGUUCUUGUGCUGUGCUUUCUGAAGUCCAAAGCCAAGACAGCGCCAUUUGCCAAAGCCUGGUCGUUUGAAAAUAACUGCGAUGUCUACAUCAAGAGUCUUGCUAUUUCUGAUGUUCUCUGUGACGUAAUCUCACUUCCACCCAUCUGCAUUCAGUUGUAUUUUGAUAUAUUCAAUCAAGGCUGGAGUUGUAACAUAGUGCGCUACUUAAACAUUGUAUUCACGUCGAUCACCAUGAAUAACUUGUUAUUCUUUAGCAUCGAGAGGUUCAUGAUAACUCGAGGAAUUUUCCGUCAUUCUAGCCACCGCACGGUGAAAAAGAUGGUUAAGUUUGCUUGGUUGGCAGGGUUUUUAUUUACCUUGAUCCCUGCCUCGACCUUCAAAGAUAUAAGGUUCGAUUUAAACCAGACCCAUUACACUUUGGUCUGCAGGUAUGACGAUAGCUAUGUUCCGUUUAGAAUCAUGCUCUUAAGUUUUACAACUCUCCAGUACAUCAUACCAGGUUGUAUAACAGUUAUAAUUAACGCCUUACUCAUCAAAACUCUCUGGGCAAAUAUAAGAGGAAGGAGAUUACACAUCCAAAGAGACAACGCCCUCAAAAUAUUCCGCAGAGCUGCGGCGAUUCGAGGUACCACUAUCGUCGUAACCCUUACCUUGGCUUUUGUUCUUCCUUAUUUAUUUUAUUAUGGUCAGGUUGUUUAUAACAACGUUACUAAGUCAGACCAACGGUUUGAUUUCAAGACCGACUUUGUUAUUCGCUCUGGGAGUGCAUUAAUAGGAUAUUCCAAUAGUGCCAUUAAUGUGACGAUAUACAUCGUACAAAUGAGAUAUUUCCGACUGUAUCUUAAGAAAACAUUUCAGCCAGAAUGUUUUGCCAAAAAGAAGUAAUUUUAAUCUCAGAUAAGGGGAACAAAAGAGGUACAAUUUCUUUUAGUGAGGUAAACACUAGUUAAAUACAUGAGUAAUCAAUAAGAUGAUUGGUGGAAGAAGUCUUGUGGUUUCUGGAAGCCCACUUGCCAUCAAUUACUAUAAUCUUAUUGACUGUGUGGGAAGGCCCGACGGGAAAAUAUUUGGCUCGAUGUCAUGACGUACGCAGCGAGGGCUGUGCGUCAUUAAAGAGAGCCAAAUGUUUUUCUGUCCGGACCGACCCAACUCAGUCAUGAAACAUUUCACCAUGUGACCACUGACUAAUACCCCAUUCACACCAGAAAACUUGCUUAGUUAAA